ACACAGGCAAAAGUAUCGGACCUGGGAAGAAAAAAAUAUGACCAGAUUGAUAAAAAAACCUGUGUUCAUCUUAAAAGUGUCAAAAAAAACAAAAAAAAAUGUAAAUAAUGACCCCCUUUAAAAUAUACUAUAAGUUAAGAGAAGGCCGGAAACUCCAAAUUCGAGCCUACGAGCAAGGGAUUCAUUUCCCGAGCCGUUGUGAAAACAAUUGGCCAGACAAUUAAAAACGACUUUUAUCACUAUUUCACGUUUGUAUUAAGCUUCCAAAUGAGACCGACCCCAAGUCUCUAGCCCUUCCCGUUCAUGAAAUAUCUAUCAGGAAACGAGCGAAUUCGUGCUAAAACUCCUUGGUAGACAUAAUUGCGGCACAACAAUUCGGAACGUAAACAUAGACUAAUGCAUGUUUGUCAGGAAAGUUAGGGACAAAAUCACUUAAAUUCACUAAAUUAUACUACUAAAUACAUUAACUUGGACCACUCACAACCGUCAGUAGCAUCUGGUAUACGCGAGAUUCGAGUUUCAAACCCUCCACGGUAUUUUCGAUUGCUUUCUACGCCAUUGUUAGCGAUACGAUAAUAUCCGAGAAAUCCCAAACAUACGUCAAUAUUCGCAUGUGAUCAGCGUUUCCAUUGGACAGCGCAAAAACUAAUAACUUUUAAAAUUAUCAUUUCUGGAUAUUUUAUAUAACCAAAAAAAUAUGUAUUAUUAAUAAAAAACACAAUAAAUUUACUGAUGAAAGAAAGUAUACAGAAAAAACAAACUGCUGGUUUCCUGCACGUACUUAACAAAAUAUGGUGGGAUCGAAAACCAGCCGAAGUCACGUGAUAUUAUGUAUCAAAAAAAAAAAGUAAACACAUGUUUGUGGUGGACAAUUUUGCUGUUUUAUAUCCAUUUUUAUGGUUUGUUAAAGCAUGUGCAUACUUUAUGUGUUCAACAUAAAGACGUCGUUUUAAAGGUUGGAAUAACCAGUAUGAAUUCCAGACAGAAAGAAGUGUUGGAUUUAGCUUUGGCCGGGCACAAUCUUGUAAUAACUGGCCAGGCCGGAACUGGAAAAUCCUUUAUAGUUGGCGAAUUAGUGAAGAACUUGAGAGCUAGUGGAAGGACAGUCCAGCUGACAUGCACAACUGGUAUAGCUUGUUUAAAUUACAGUCAUGACCUUGAUGCUCAGACCAUUCACAGAUGGUCUGGAAUAGAUGAUGGUAGAUAUACUUCAAAAGAGAUAGUCAGUGUAAUAAAAAACUCACCAAAGAGUGCUCUAAAUCUUCAGAGAAUAAAGCAAACAGAGGUUCUUGUAAUUGAUGAGAUAUCAAUGCUUAGCAAAAGUAUGUUUGAACAAGUGGCAGAAAUAUGUUCCAUUAGAAACCCUGACUUUUUGUUUGGAGGGAUGCAGGUUAUUGUUGCUGGUGACUUUUAUCAGCUACCCCCUGUACCAAAUAGGUUAUACAAUGACAAUGGGGAAAUGUGUUUUGAAAGUGCAAUAUUUAAAAAAGUCCUCAAACACAAAGUAACUCUUGAAGAAAUUGUAAGACAGAGAGACACAACUUUAUGCAAUGUGAUAAAAGAGGUAUCAGUGGGUAAUGUUGAUGAUGAAGUUGAAUCGUAUAUGCAAAAUUUAAGUAGGCCUCUGUCUGAUAACACCAAUGAGCCGGUCAUGUUAUUUGCCAAUAAUCGAUUGGCUGAUGUCCUAAACAGAAAGAGAAUCACAAAUCACAUUGGAGAACUAUAUGAAUUUGUAGCCAAAGAUGAGGGGAAAAAGUCACUGCUAGAACAGUUUACAGCUCCAAAGGUUCUUUGGCUGAAAAUUGGUGCACCAGUGCUUUUACUAAGGAAUUUAUCACAGAAACUAGUAAAUGGUCUCAGAGGGAUUGUUGUGAAAGUGGAAGCUGAUGGUCCAGUUGUGUACUUCAAACAAAUAAACAUAACAACUAAAGUGAAGAAGAUGACUUUUUCUGUCUUUAGUCCAUCACUGAACAAGAACAUAUGUACAAGAGAACAAGUUCCACUCCGGCUUGCCUAUGCUCUCACCAUUCACAAGUCACAGGGAAUGACAUUAGACAGUGUUGUGGUUGAUUGCAGAGAAAUAUUCAAAGCUGGACAACUAGGCGUUGCAAUAGGGAGAGUCAGGAGUGAAUCUGGUCUAAGGGUCAUAAACUUUCACCCCAGAGUGUGCAUGCCACAUGCAGAAAAUGUUAGACACUUUCAGACGGUUCAGACUGUGAAACCUGAAGAUGACAUGAGGUGUUGCAGAAACAAUAUAAGGCUGGAAGAAGAAGUUCUGCAGGAAUUGAUAAUAGAUGAUGCAUUAGAUUUUGAGACAAAUGAACUGUAUGAUGAGGACUUUGACACAGAGUUUGAUAUUCUUAUUAAACAGAGGGAUCUGGAUGAAGAAGGAACACUGACCAUAAUUCCGGAUGAUUUUAACUUGGACCUAAUGAUACAGAGUCUCAAGCAUGAUGACCCCAUAACACCAGUGAUGGUUAAAGUAAAUGAAUUGUGUUGUUGUGUUAACCCUUUGAAACUGAGAGAGUUCUGUGCAUACGAGUUCAAUUUUUUUGGUGAAACUAUUGCAGAAAUCGAUUCUUCACAGGAUGUACCUGUUAAACCAGAGAUACUCACACAAUUUACUGAGAAAACUUACAAACACCAAAUAGAUGAUGACUUUAAACUGAGAACAAUGAUCUUGUUUGAUACAACAUGUUUAAGCCAAGAAAGCACACACAUAACAUUCAAUAUCAGCAACUAUGUCAAAGAACACGUGUUAAAGCAGAAAACAUCUAAAUAUUUAUCAAGUGUAGAACAGCAACAGAGGUCGUUAACAGAUGCAUCCAGAUCAAGGUUACGGUAUGUAGGUGGAUACUGCAUUAAUAAACUGAAAAGGCAUUAUAUUAAAAAAAUGCAUUCUACAAUGUAUGAUUUGAAAAAAGAAGAAGAGUAUGAGAAAUGCUUAGUUGCUGUUGAACUCCUGCAAAGUGUUCGUGAAGAAGAGGAGUACUUGAAAUCAAGCACAGAUGAUAUUCAGUCUUUGCAAGAUGUUAUAAAAAAGCAAAAUGUUGGAAGAGGGCUGACACACAUCACUGACAGUUUAUAUUCCUUCUUUUGCAAAUUGUGUGAAAAGACAUUAAAGCUCCUUGUUAAGGAAACUCUUAACAAAGUCGGGGAAAAUCUGUUUCAGUAUUGUAUAACUGAGAUUCAGAGUGAUGAGGAACUGGAGACUACAUUCAGUAAUUGUUGUUCUACUAAAGUGAUUAUUGGUGAACAAUUACUGAUACAGGAAUUAUUUCAUGAAAUCUGCAAAAGAUUCCUGCAUGUGAUGUUCUCACAGUUUAGAAAGGACAUGUUACAGUCCUACAAAGUUGGAAAGACAAUGGAGCAUCGGAAACAAGUACUUAUAAAAAAAAAGAAAAAAGAAACAGUCAUGAAAUCUAUUUCUUAUGAAACCAUUGUUCAGGACAAAACAGAUGGGAAAGAAAUGUCCCAUUCACUGAUGCGAGGUUUGCUCCUCAAUAAUAGUGAAUUUCUCUCACUAAUGAAUAAAAGUCAGCUAAUAAAAUUGUAGCA